GGACGAAAAAAUUCAAAUCUUUUACCUUUCCUAGAACAACAACAUUGUAUACCAGAUGAACUACAUGUAAUGCUUCGCAUUACAGAUGUUUUAUUUGAAUGUCUUUUUUUUGAAUUAUCAGUUAAAUCGACAUUUAACAAAAAACAAAAAAACAAUGAAAUGACAAUUCGAGAACAAGUAGAAUCAACUAUUCAUUCUAUUGGUAUCAAUAUUUUUAAGUUCAAUGAACCUGAAAAACCAAAAGGAAAAUGGCGUUGGACGUCAUUAAUGGGGCCAGAUAAAUUAACAAUUCUAGAAAAAUUUCCCAUUACUACAUUUAUUUUAGGCCAACGCGGAAAAGAAAUACAAAAACUCUGGCAUGACUUUUUUUUUUUAUAUAAGACAAUGCGUAAAAUUAAUUUAACAGAUGAGGAUAUUGUUAACUUUGAACUUUCAGCACGGCAAUGG